GUGGCUGGUCGGGAGCAGCUGUUGGCUCAACAGAGAAUGCACAGCUUGAUCAACUCAGUGGAGGUGAAGUCAGAGGUCCCCGUGGCUCUGGAUCCCGUCUCGCCCUUGGACUUGAGGACGGACCUCAGAAUGAUGAUGCCCAUGGUGGAUCCCGUGCUGCGGGAGAAGCAGCUUCAGCAGGAGCUCCUCCUCAUCCAGCAGCAGCAGCACCUACAGAAGCAACUGCUUAUUGCCGAGUUCCAGAAGCAGCACGAGAACCUGACCCGACAGCACCAGGCCCAGCUGCAGGAGCACAUCAAGUUGCAACAGGAACUUCUAGCCAUAAAGCAGCAGCAGGAACUUCUGGAGAAGGAGCAGAAGUUGGAGCAGCAGCGGCAGGAACAGGAAGUGGAGAGACACCGCCGGGAGCAGCAGCUACCCCCUCUUCGAGGCAAAGAGAGAGGACGAGAAAGAGGAGUGGCGAGCACCGAGGUGAAGCAGAAGCUGCAGGAGUUCCUGUUGAGCAAGUCUGCCACCAAGGACUCUCCCACCAAUGGAAAGAACCAUUCCGUGAGCCGCCACCCCAAGCUCUGGUACACGGCGGCCCACCACACCUCCCUGGAUCAGAGCUCGCCCCCCUUGAGUGGAACCUCACCGUCCUACAAAUACCCAUUACCCGGCGCCCAAGAUGCAAAGGACGACUUCCCGCUUCGAAAAACUGCCUCAGAGCCUAACUUGAAGGUGCGAUCCCGCUUAAAACAGAAAGUGACAGAGAGGAGAAGCAGCCCCCUACUCAGGCGGAAGGACGGAAAUGUUGUCACUUCAUUCAAGAAGCGAGUGUUUGAGGUGGCAGAGUCCUCCGUCAGCAGCAGUUCUCCUGGGUCAGGCCCCAGCUCGCCCAGCAACGGACCUGCCCCCGGCAUGGCAGAAAGCAGCGAGACGUUGCUCGUGCCACCCACUCCGCACCCGGAGCAAAUGGUUUCACAGCAGCGUCUUCUGAUUCAUGAAGAGUCCAUGAAUCUUUUAAGCCUCUAUCCAUCCCCAUCUUUGCCCAACAUAACUCUGGGUCUCCCUGCCGUGCCAUCACAGCUCAGUGCUUCAUCUUCCAUCAAAGACAAACAGAAGUGCGAGGCCCCUGCACUGAGGCCACCAGGAGUUACUUUGCCGGGGCAGUACACGGGAAGCAUCCCAGCAUCUUCGAGUCAUCCCCAUGCUGCCCUAGAAGGAAAACCCAAUAGCAGCCAUCAGGCACUCCUACAACACUUGUUACUGAAGGAGCAGAUGAGACAACAAAAACUGCUUGUGGCUGGCGCGGUUCCCCUCCAUCCGCAGUCCCCUCUGGCAACCAAGGAGAGAGUAUCACCCGGCCUUCGAGGUGCCCACAAGUUGCCUCGCCACAGGCCCCUGAAUCGUACCCAGUCUGCCCCUUUGCCCCAGAGCACAUUGGCCCAGCUGGUCAUUCAGCAGCAGCACCAGCAGUUCCUGGAGAAACAGAAACAGUACCAGCAGCAGGUCCACAUGAACAAAAUGCUUUCCAAGUCCAUUGAGCAGCUGAAACAGCCAGGAAGUCAAUUGGAAGAGUCGGAAGAGGAGCUUCAUGGCGAUCAGCCCAUGCAAGAAGACCGGGCUCCCUCCAGCACCAACAGUGUCCGGAGCGACAGCAGCUUGGGCCCGGAUGACGGCCAUCGGGGUCCCCCUUUGGGACCUGUGAAAAUAAAAGAGGAACCCCUGGACAGUGACGAUGAUACUCAGCCCCAGCAAAUGGAAUCUGGGGAGCAGGCUGCUUUGGUGCAACAGGUAAUAGGCAAGGAUUUGGCGCCAGGAUUUGUAAUUAAGGUUAUUAUCUGAA